ACCGUCCUGAGGGGAAGGAGGAUGAGGAAGUGGCAGCAGGACUGGACUUGGAGAUGUAGUUAGCUGCCUCCACUAACGCACCAGCCGGGACGCCACUAGCGAGGCGAGCUACACACUCACUCAUAGUUGACAAUGCGAUGGGUAACUGCUGGGCAUACUGUGUCGGGCUCUUCAGGAGAGAAGCCAACAGAAUCCAGAGAGGAGGCGGGUCAAAGUACUUCCGAAGCAGCACCACAGGGGAACAUUAUACAAUAGAGUUUGAAAAUCUGGUCGAGAGUGAUGAGGCUGAGAGUCCGCAGCCCUGCCCGAGGCCCAUCAGUGAAGAUGAGAUCAAGCACCUCAAAAAGCACCGCUACAACGCGCUCUCGGAUCAUCAGAUCCUGAUAGACCAGAAGCUCCAAGUGGAGUUAGAGGCACAAGAGGAGAAGUUGAGGCUAGAAGAGGAGGCUAGAAAUGCCACCCAGCGCGAGGCCGCCAGGUUGGCGCGUGAACGCAAAAUGAAGGAGCUGCCUGCCCAGAGGACACGUGGGAAAGCAGAUGGCUCCGGCGGUGAGACUCAGCAAAGAAAACAAAACACCGGGGAGGAUUUUGACGUCUACCUCCAGAAUGUGAGAGCCCAGUCGGAUGUUUUCAGGGGCAACAGACUGCCGUCCGACACCAACGUGGUGACUCCCAACACCGAGUGCAGCUGGGACUUCACCACCAAGACCCGCUCCACCAAUGACGACGGGACCUCGCUGGAUCUGGAGUGGGAAGACGAGGAAGGAAUCAAUCGCGGACUCCCGGCCUGGGAGAGGUCCCGGACGGAGGAGGACAUACUGCGCGCGGCCCUGAGGCCCGGCAGCAAGCCGGUGAACAGCGGCCCGGCCUCGGCCUCGGAGGACUCCAACGCGCUGGAGUGGGAGAAUGAUUUCGUGGGCAGCCACCCAGAGAACAAUGCAGACACUGAGUUUGAAGGGUUCAUCAACCCAGUCCUAGACACUCCCUCCGAGGACGCCCCGGACUGUGGCCUCAGGUCGGACAACCAGGACAGAUAGUGUCCAGAACCAAAGGAGACAUUCCCGUUGUGUCCCCUUCACAUCAAAGCUCACCAGCUUAUUUUUCUUUUUGCCUCAUGGAAAGGACAUGUAGCUAGUUGUUCUUCAUAAUCCGUAAUAUCAGACUGAUGCUGCGAGAAAAGGUUGCGUAUCUCCACACUUCAGUACAGUGUGGCGUUUUUAUCAAAUACACAUUUUUUCCAGUGCCUUCAUUUGCCAUAAUAGCCGACCAUUUAUGCAUUGUGACUCAAGGAGAUCCGUUAAACACCGUUUGACACGUCAUCAAGCAGCACCAAACUGCAGCAGAGGUCCUCCCUUAGCCUCGAGUCUCACGCCUCCGUUUCAGCUCCGCCCUUCAGCUUUAUUCGGUUGUUGCAUGAGACACAGAAUUCCAUAUAAAAGGAAUAAAUAUUAGACCAAAUAAUUUUGACAAAUCAGUGGGGGCUGGAUCAUUUCUUCAGUCGCUGAUGGCUUAUCAUCAUCAUCAUCAUCAUCAUCAUCGUCAUGGAUUGAUUGAUCUUCAGUCCUACUUUGUGUCUCAUGUCUCUCUGUUUGGUUUAUUCUCUGCUCUACGGCUGAUAGCCCAGCAUGUCGUCAAGCAGCAGCGUUCCGUCGGUGCACGUUUCUCUGAGCAGAAAGCCCCGCUCCAUCAUGCUACCGGCGUGGGACCUUCAGAAAGAACAACCGCGCAACUGCAAUGUGCAUUUUCUGAUAUUUGUGUCAAUCAACAUCAGUGCACACUCAGAGACUUUCAUUUACAUUCAAAAUGGCUGAAAAAAGUGCCGAGCUCUUGGAUACAUAAUUAAGCGCGCACACACACACACACACACACACACACACACACUCUCUAUCAGUCCAUCGUAGGACAUCUGGGUUUAAGACGGACAUUUUUCUGUCUUUCUUUUUUUUCCCACUUCAAUUUUAUUAGAAGAUCUUAGUUUUUUUUUUACUUCAAAAACAACAGCACAGAACAGCGACAUCAUUGCCAGUUACCAUGACAUCCACCACACCACAAACGUAUAUAGUGGAUUAAUUAAGGACAGCAGGUCUUUAUGCACCUCUACAUUGUUUGCAUAGAAUUAUUGAUUGUUCAAUCAAAUAUCUGCUUUACACUGGCCUUUUUUAUAGGCUCCCUAGACGGCCAGCUGCUGCUCUCAUUAACUGGUUAAUGAUGAUGUUGAUCAUACUUCUGGUUAUAUUUGAUGUCCAGUGUUCCCACAGCAGCCUGCAAAAUAUGGAAUGAAAUAGAAAAGGAAAAUACAACAUAGGUGGAACAUAACCGGAGACAAUCUUUCUUAACAAAAAUCCCUUUGUGAACCAUGACUGAUUUCUGAUUGGUUGCCGGCAUUUUAAUUUCUGCACUUAUUCUGAGACAAAUAAUUUUAAGUGUAAUGAGUUUUUCUUUAACCUGGCGUGAAAUCCAAAGCAUAGUUAUUAUAAUGUUUUGUCAAAGUUGUGUGAGUCUGGAUGAAAAAAAGAUGAGUUAUCAAACAUACAAUCAUGAUUCUGGUGUAAACGUUGUUUUAUCCCUGAAAUCGAUCCAAUGCUGCUCUCUCUAUAUGUGUGUGUAUAUAUAUAUAUAUAAUAUAUAAUAUCCUUUUUUGACCCAUCUUAUAGUGCGUCGUCUGAACCCAAAGUAGUUUGCACUGAAAUGAGCCACACGUGUGAAAAGGAAACUGAUCUGAGAACUGUGUUCUGCUGCUGAAGUGUCCAGCCCCCCCCCCCCACUCCUCCCCUCGCAAAACAGAGUUUUGCUUUGAGCACAUUAUGCACAUAUUAUGCUUUGCUGUGAUCACGUGAGCUCUGAUUUGAUCACUGUCACUUUCUGUCAACAAAACAAAAACUAAUCUAACAUUCCUUGCCACAUUGAGCCUGAGCAAAAAAAAAAUCUAAUCUGGAAACAUGUCUGAGGGCCAACAAAGAGAACCACUCAUUUAAAGGGUUGGUUCUCUACUCGCAGCUCGGGACGUUCUCAAGAAGGUUAUAUUGCACUGCAUCUCUUUGAUUGUGUUGAAGUUGGCAUGUGGUCAGCUCAUCCACCAAAGCCUCUUUAUGCUGUACAGCUAAUCACUUUUAAAAAAAUUAAAGUUGGUACUCGUAACUUA